UGAGAGGACGCACGCUCAGCGGGGCACUCACGUGACCAGGGGCGUGCUGCGGCCGCCCGGGCGGACCCGGCGAGAGGCGGCGGCGGGAGCGGCGGUGAUGGACGGGUCCGGGGAGCAACCCAGAGGCGGGGGGCCCACCAGCUCUGAGCAGAUCAUGAAGACAGGGGCCCUUUUGCUUCAGGGUUUCAUCCAGGAUCGAGCAGGGCGAAUGGGGGGAGAGACGCCCGAGCUGGGCCUGGAGCAGGCGCCCCAGGAUGCAUCCACCAAGAAGCUGAGCGAGUGUCUCAAGCGCAUUGGAGAUGAACUGGACAGUAACAUGGAGCUGCAGAGGAUGAUCGCGGCCGUGGACACAGACUCCCCCCGAGAGGUCUUUUUCCGAGUGGCGGCCGAAAUGUUUUCUGACGGCAACUUCAACUGGGGCCGGGUUGUCGCCCUUUUCUACUUUGCCAGCAAACUGGUGCUCAAGGCCCUGUGCACCAAGGUGCCCCAGCUGAUCAGGACCAUCAUGGGCUGGACCCUGGACUUCCUUCGAGAGCGGCUGCUGGGCUGGAUCCAGGACCAGGGUGGUUGGGACGGCCUCCUCUCCUACUUUGGGACACCCACGUGGCAGACAGUGACCAUCCUCGUGGCCGGAGUACUCACUGCCUCGCUUACCAUCUGGAAGAAGAUGGGCUGAGGCCACCAGCGGCCUUGGACUGUGUCUUUUCUGCAUAAAUUAUGGCAUUUUUCGGGAAGGGUGGGGACUGGGGGCCAUGGG